AUGACAGAAAAUAGGGUAUUUUUCCCUCACUGAAUUGCUAAGCACAAAGACUUCCAGUUCCAUCCAUAUCAUGGAAUCAUUUUUCAUUGUGGUUGAAUAAAAUUCCAUUGUGGAUUUGGCCUUACUUUAUCCACUCCCGAGGAUGGGCAUCUCCACUCCCUCUACCUCUUAGCCAUUGUGAGGAGAAGCAUGUCUUGUUGGAAGGUAAGCCUGAGAGUGGCAGGUAUUAACUAUGUGAUUUUGUUUCUUCUUCCUACUAUGACUCUUCAUUUGUCAGAACCAAAGAUGUUCCAACUUGGGAGCCUUGUGGUCUUGUGUGGCCUGCUUAUUGGGACCUCAGAAUCACUUCUUGGUGACGUUGCCAAUGCUGUGAAUAAUUUGGACAUUCUUAAUUCUCCCUCUGAAGCUGUCGCUCAGAAUCUGAAUCUGGAUGUGGGGUCACUUCAGCAAGCCACAACUUGGCCAUCAGCCAAGGACAGCAUUCUUGAAACAUUGAACAAAGUGGAGCUUGGCAAUUCAAAUGGCUUUACACCUUUGAAUGGUUUAUUGUUGCGAGUCAAUAAAUUUAGAGUCCUGGAUCUUCAAGCUGGGCUGUCUUCCAAUGGCAAGGACAUCGACCUGAAACUGCCCCUGGUUUUUGAAAUUUCUUUUUCUCUGCCUGUCAUUGGCCCUACGCUCGACGUUGCUGUUUCCUUGGACCUCCUAAACUCAGUCAGUGUUCAAACCAAUGCCCAGACUGGCCUCCCUGGGGUGACCCUAGGAAAAUGCUCCGGUAAUACAGACAAAAUCUCCAUUUCCUUGUUGGGCAGACGACUUCCCUUCGUCAACCGUAUUCUGGAUGGUGUAUCUGGCCUCCUCACAGGUGCAGUGUCAAUCCUGCUGCAAAACAUCCUAUGCCCAGUGCUCCAGUACCUCCUCAGCACAAUGAGUGGAAGUGCUAUUCAGGGUCUCCUCUCUAAUGUACUAACAGGACAGCUAGCAGUCCCUCUCUGAAGAGGAAGAACAGAAGGAGGAAGCCAUGACAACCCCUGCUGGUUAGUCUCCACUGGCUUUAUUUUACUUCCGGUGGCAUUUCUUUCUGGGAAGUUCUACUAUCAUCCACACAAAGUCUACCUGAUACCAACGGAAGGACUUUCCCAGAUUCCCUUCUUUCCUGAGUAGUCUCCACACCUGUCACCACCAUCAUUAAAAUCCUAACUGCA